AUGGCCACACUCAUAGCACCACCACGUACUCCUUCGCCAAAGGUGCGCAUACGAUCACUGUCGUUCGACUCACCAUCAUCGCGUAUCAGCAUUACUCCUAUUGAAGAAUCACCACUGUCAAAGUCGACUGGCUCGCUCAUCACACUUUCAAGCUAUGAUGCCAUCAAAGCUGCGGCACAGGGAGCAAUGCGCUCCGUCCGAAUGCUACUCCCCCUAAAUACUAAGAUGAGCGAUGAUUCUAUCCUCUCCGACACAUCCAGUGCCGCUUCCUCCGCGACAGGCUCUCCAAGUUCGGCUGGAAGCGAGACAGAGUUCUUCACAAACCCACCACCAUCGUCGCAUUCAUCGCGACGUCGUCGUCCACGUCCUCACCCCUUAACAUUCGCGCAACAGACCAGUCAUGACAACGAUGCUGUUAUAGAACCAACUUCCCCAUUUCUUUACCAAGACACCAGCUUCCCAAUGUACUCACCGUGGCUGGUUCGCGUAGUACUGGAUAUGUACGACGUGAGGGGUCUGGACUGGAUGGCGAUUGCGGAUCCCAUUGAGCGGGUUUGGGGCGUACAGACAAGUAGUGCUGAUGUCCUUGGGAUCUUGAGUGACAACGGGCGUGUGCCUAAUCGGCGAUGGUGGGAUUGA